AUGCGUCUCAGCGACUAUGGUAAACAAUUUGAGGAUUGGAUGGUAAAAGUGAGUUUAAAAAAGUUUAGUUUACAGUAUAAUAGUUUUGGUUCAGGUAUUUUACAACUAUGGACUUUUCAUCGCCAAACACCAGAGAUGGUUCCUUCUUGUUCCAAUUUUCUUGACAAUUGCUUCUAUCCCAGGACUUUUCUAUUUGCAAAUCAAUCUCGAUCUCUAUAGGUUAUUUGUACCCACCGAUGCUCCAGUACGUUUAAAGAAGAAGAAGAAGACGUCGAAUAACACAUAUUUUUUGUUUCAGGUCAGAUAUGAGUUCGAAAGAACGAAAGAGUUCAAUCAGUUGCCAUUGGGAGAUCUCAAUUUAAUUCCAAAACGUCAUCGACGUGAAUUCGACUGCUCCGACACUGCCUGCAUGUUCCCUGACGUUGAGAUGGACAGACUGCGCAGAGAUUUGCAGGCUAUGGAGGCCGAAGAUAUGCAUGAGUUGCCAUUUGCCAAUUCCAGUCUGGUCAGAUACAAGAGAGACGUGAACAAGAAUAAAGAAAAGAAGGAGCGCGAAAGGAAGCUUGGUGAGUCAUGUUUUUUGGAAAACACUGGAUGUUCGGGGGACCAAUAUCACUCAAAUUCUCUUAUCUUGAAACGUUUCGAGUUUGGUCUUCUCUCAGGAUAACGUCAUCCAGCAUUCAUUCUUAAUCUCUCUUUCUUUUCUAUCUUUUCCUCAAAACCGGGUCAAAUCGCGUCACUCGCCCGAAUUUCGCGGCGGUUUUGUUACACCAAGUCUACUAUCCCCUCCCUCACCGUCUUCAUCGUUCUACCUUUUCCGAUCUGAUUGCGAUUUGUGCACGAUUGGCCGUGAAAUGAAAAACGAAACAGACAUGAAAAGGGAGAUGGUUUUUGAGUCGAGAAGAAUGGAUUUCGAUCCGAGAUUCGACCAGACAAGAUGGAACACAUGAAAAAGGGAAAGUAGAACGGGCGCACUUUCGAGAAUGCUUUAUGACCGAGUGAAAUUGGUCGUAAGAUCGGAAUGAGACAUGCGGAUAGAAACUUCACAAAAACUACAAAUCUAAUAUUUCAGUACAUGCCAAGAAUGACAUCCUCCGCUUCUACGUUGUCCACCGUAACUUUGAAAAUCUUUUGCAAUCCAAAUACCUCGGACCACUCUUCCAGUACACCCAGGAUGUAUGAAACUUAUCAAAACACAAUAAGAUCAUUCUGACCUUUCAGAUGAUGAAAGUGACAAAUGACUUCGAAGGAGAGACCUGGGGACUUGAAGAUUUCUGCGUGAAAGAGGGUGGAUCAGCUUCCUGCAACAACAACUUGAAUCUCUGGAUCAAGCACGCCGACGUUCUGUUCAAAGACGGAAAGAUCAAAGCGAACCCGAACCUUCAACUUUCUUAUCCAGUAUUGUACCUAUUCAACAGACCAAAGGACAUCGGAAAUGUCAUCUACGGAGUUGACGUCAAAGGAGAAAAGAACGAGAUUCAAGGAGCUAGAGUGCUGACAAUCCAUUGGUUUGUCAACUAUCCAGCCACUCCGGAGAACAACAAGGCCUACUAUGAAUUCCGUCAGAAACUUAAUGAGUACUGGGAGGGAAUUGCUGAGAACAGUGAUCUUCAGUUCAUCCCACACAAGUAAGUUAUAAAUUGGAAAUGUGGAAAUCAAAGGAAAAGUUGUAAUUCUUCAGUGACAAAGCUAUGGAUGAUGAAAUGCUUGAGAUCAUCAAAACCACUGUUCCGUUCGCUGUCCCAGCUACUAUUAUGCUCACUUUGUUCGUGCUGUCCGCUAACUUCAGUAGAGAUAAGACAAAGUAUGGUCCAAGUAGUUUUGAGACAAAACUGAACAACUUUUUGCAGGUCCAAGCCGAUUGAAAUGUGUCUCGGAGUCUGGUGCAUCAUCUUCGCUCUCAUCAUCACUUUCGGAAUCUUCUUCUUCUGUGGAGCCAAGUUCAACCCAGUCACAUCCACAAUGCCUUUCCUCAUUCUGGCUGUCGGAGUCGACGACGACUUCCUCAUGGUCGCCGCUUGGAGAGAAUGCGAUCGGAAACUGUCACCAGCCACAAGAUUAGCUCUUGUGAUGGGAGAUGCCGGUGCAUCUAUCACGGUCACUUCCUUCACCAACUUCUUCUGCUUCUUCCUCGGAUGGCUCAUGUGCUCCACCCCAGCUGUCGCUGACUUCUGCAUCAUCACCGCUGUUGGAGUCAUUUUCGAUUACUUGAUGCAGAUCACUUUCUAUGCUGCAGUGCUCAAGUACUCUGGAGAUAGAGAAGAGACCGGAGGAUUGGCUUCUUGCUGCUACAGUAAGAUUGAAGAUGAAGACGUGGAAAAUGUCAACCAAAGACCGCAAAUUGACAAGGAGAAAGAAGAACAUAUCAACUAUCAACACCACGAGAAAACUAAAGAUUGUAAGUUUUUCUAGUUUUUGAAUAGUUUUUAAUUUACGUUGCUUCAUUUUUAGUGCCAUACAUGCACAAGUACUUCCGCGACGUAUUCGCUCCAUUCCUCAUGAAGAAAUGGGUCCGUGUUGCUUCCCUUGCUCUGUUCCCAAUCUACACAGCUUUUGCUAUCUACGGAUGCUCCAUUCUUCGAGUUGAUAUCUCCCCAGUCAAGUACAUCCGAGACAACUCUCCAAUUCAAACUUUUGUUGCACUUGCCGGUAUUUCAUUUUUGCCCUCCUCAAAAACCAUCUUGACUUUCUUUCAGACAAGUACAUUUGGGCUGACAACGUGAUGCCAACCUUCCACAUCAUGAAUCCCCCAGAUCUCCGUGAUGCCGGAUCCCGUGCCAAAUUGAACGAACUCGUCUUCCGUCUGGAACACACUGACUAUUCCAUUGGAAGAGUUUCGACCAACUUGUGGGUUUGGCAGUAUCAGCAGUACUUGAACGAUUUCCCGAACAUCAACUACACUAUCGACUUCUACGACAGAAAGAAUAUGAGAGACUUCUUUUCGCAGCUUGAUUACUCGCAAUACAGAGGUAAAACCACCGAGAAUAUCACGUAAUUAAAGUUGAAUUUUUACAGAUAAGGUGAGAAUCAUGGAUAAUAUCACGAACGGAGAACCGUGUAUUGCUGCUUUCUCCUUCCAAACUUCGUUCUACGGACUUGACAGUUGGGAUAAAAGACAAGCCGAGUUGUUCCAUUGGCGUGACAUUCUGAAGGAGUACCCCGAAUACGAUAUGUUCCUUUCCGGAAUCUUCAGUCCUUUCCUUAUCGAUCAACGUCACACCAUUGCUCCGUCUUCCAUGCAAACCAUCGGAUCCGCUCUUGCAAUGAUGGCCCUCAUUUCAUUCUUCUUCCUUCCUGAUGCUGUAUGUUAAUUUGACUGUUUUGAAAACCCCAAAUUACCUUUUCCAGCUCUCCGUGUUCCUCAUGACCUGGUCGCUUCUUUCCAUUUCGAUGGGUGUCUGUGGAGGUUUGGCUCUUCUCGGUUCCGACUUGGAUUCCGUCAGUAUGGGAUGCAUUGUCAUGGCUAUCGGAUUGGCUGUCGACUACUCCGUCCAUAUUUGCUACAGAUAUCACAGAUCCGAGUACACAACAGCCAAGGAAAAGGUGGCUGACACUCUUGCCUCCGUCGCCUGGCCAAUCACCCAGGCUGUCAGUUCCACACUUGUCGGACUGGCUUGCACUAUUUUGGUGCCCGCCUAUCUCGUCCGAGUGUUCUUCCAGACCGUCUAUCUUGUGAAUAUUAUCGGUAUGUUGCCCUAAUCUCGGAAAAAAGCAACUAGAUUGUUCUGAUUUCAGGUCUGAUCCACGCUCUUGUCUGGCUGCCACAACUCAUUUCCGCGUUGGAUCCAUGCGAACGAGUUCCGCUAAGAAAUAGGCAUGCCAUUUCCAAACAACCUCCACUUGAGCUCCAUUAA